AUGUUGACCAGCUCUGAGAACGGAGUCAUUGGUGAGUACUCAGGGGAUGACUUCGCAACCAAAGCUACCUUGACCGUCUUCCUGUCAAUCGCGCUUUACAAUUCCAUCGAACUCCUGGUCCUCAUCUUCUCCUCAUUCCGACGCUGGCAAGGUCUCUACUUCUGGAGCUUGUUGCUCGCUACCGUCCUAGGCGUGAUACCACAAUCAAUUAGCUUUCUGCUCAAAUACUUCGGGAUCGCUCCGUUAUGGCUCUCCCUCACGCUAUCUACCAUCGGAUGGUAUUUCAUGGUUACGGGCCAGGCGUUCGUGCUAUUUUCACGUCUCAAUAUCGUCGUGCAGGAUCUGACGAUUAGCCAUCGCAUUCGUGCGAUGAUUAUUAUCGAUGCGAUUGUCUUACAUGUCCCUACUACCGUGCUCACGUAUGGAUCCAACUUCGUUCAAACCCCCGUCUGGGCCCAGGCCUACAGCAUAAUGGAACGCAUCGAGCUUACGGGGUUCUCGCUUCAAGAAUUCAUCAUCUCUGGUCUUUACAUCUACAAAACUGUCCAGAUCCUUCGCAUCUCACCUCCAAGCGUCUCCGGCCACAAUCCGAAUCGCAAGAUCAUGUACCAACUUCUCGCUAUCAAUGCGCUGAUCAUUGUCAUGGACGUGGUGUUGUUGGUAUUCGAAUACCUCGGCUCCUUCGUCAUCCAAACUACUCUCAAGUCGGCGGUCUACAGUAUUAAACUGAAGCUGGAAUUCGGAGUUUUGAGUCGCCUUGUUUUUAUGGUGCAUUCACAUCGUUGGCCCCCGGGGCCGAGUCAAUCACCUCAACUAUUUUCGCGUCCUGUGACUGCUCGGGAGGAGCUGGACUAUCACGAAUUCCUGGAUGGUCCGGGCAGUAGCACGCAACAUCCACCUGCUGCUAAUUACUGCAAGUCAGCUUCGUUUCAGCACGAAGAGGUGGUAUGA